CUUUUUUGCCAAAAAUCAAAAAUAAAAAAAAUAAAAUAAAUAAAUAAAAAAUAUUGCUGAAUUUUGAAAACAAGUUAGUUACUGUUAGUCCCAAAAACGAGCUGCAACGCGAGUAAUCUCAGACAAAAUCUGCGCACCAACACAGACACAGUCCAUUCAAGCAUCCGUAUUUUUAUUGUGACUCACUGGAACAGAUUUCCCCAAACAACCACUAGACGACGUCCGAGUCGCACCCACUUGUUAAGUCAUCAAUCAGUGUGAGGCAAGCGAGAAAGUCUAGAAAUGGCUGCUGUGGAGAACGAACCGCGCACCGAGCUGCAGGAGCUGCAGCUGAAGUCGGCUACGGUGGCAGAUGAAUCACUGGAGAGCACCCGCCGUAUGUUGAGUCUUAUGGACGAAAGCAAGGAGGCGGGCAUCCGUACCCUGGUAGCCCUAGACGAUCAAGGCGAGCAGCUGGAUCGCAUCGAGGAGGGAAUGGACCGCAUCAACGCUGACAUGCGAGAGGCCGAGAAGAAUCUGAGCGGCAUGGAGAAGUGCUGUGGCAUCUGCGUGAUCCCCUGGAAGAAGGUGAACAUCAAGGACGACGGAGACAGCGCCUGGAAGGGCAACGACGAUGGCAAAGUGGUGGCCAGUCAGCCGCAAAGAGUGAUCGACGAGCGCGAGCGCGGUGGCAUGGGUGCGCCAGCCCAGUCGGGCUAUGUGGCCCGAAUAACCAACGAUGCACGCGAGGAUGAAAUGGACGAGAACCUGGGCCAAGUGAACUCAAUGCUGGGCAACUUGCGCAACAUGGCCCUGGACAUGGGCUCCGAGCUGGAGAAUCAAAACAAGCAAGUCGAUCGCAUCAACGCCAAGGGCGAUGCCAACAACGUUCGCAUGGACGGCGUGAACAAGCGCGCAAACAACCUGCUCAAGAGUUAAAUAUGCACAAACAAAACGGACUCGUAUCUCAAAUCAAUAAUCAAGGCGAUAGCCAAUGUCUGCGACCCCAAAUACCCCCAGAUUUCUACCCCAUCUUCAGUUCUACCACUGAGGAAAGAAAAGCAAAUGUUAUGGGCACAAAACUGUAACAGAGCAGUGGUUGCUACCCCGAUAUUUAUACUAUAUAUUAUAUACAUAUACAAGUGUUAGAAACAAAAACUGGACUAUACUAUGCAACAAAACCCAUCUAUACACACUACAAGCACUCUUUUGUACAGGCAAAACCAACUGAAGGAACCAAUUACUUACGUUCGACAACUAACUAAAUGUACAUUUAUGCGAAAAGCAAACCCCCAAUUACUAACUACUGUUACUAUUACUACUAUACGAUGUGUACAAAAGGAGCAACCCGAGCCGAGUGUUGCGGAGCCCAAUUUUACUGAGAUUUACCUUAUAAUGUACUCUGUUUUUGGUACACUACGCUACACACUUUUUGAGGCAUUUUACCGAACUUGUGGAAUGAAACCCAACACACUUACUAUAUGUAACUAUUGAGAUAAAUAUGAAUAUGUACGUACUAUUGAUGUAUUGAUAGAAACAAACCCCCGAGAUCCCCACCACAGGCACAGCAUCUGAAGUCACUUGGAUAGGGAUAAGGAACAAAAUUAGGGGCGGUGGUGUGGUGUCAUAUCGUAGCCAAUUUUAUAAAUAAUUUGUUAUACAUUUAUCUAGCCUAUGGGAUUCCUUGUUUAUUGAAUUGAUCACUUGAAAUUUUUGGUCCAAAACGUUCUAUUGAAUGAAUACACGAAUUGAGAUUCGAGCUACGCGGAAAUUCCGCGUUUGUCAGCUUCGUACAAUUAGUUAAAUUAUUUUCCCAAACAAGCAUUGACAGCAGCCCCCAGUUUCAACCAUACCAUACUAGUUUAAGUAAAUGGAAAUUGUAAUUUUUGUUUUGAAUUGUCUCGAGAAAUGCUGAAUCAAAUCAAGCUGUUUGUGCGCAAGAUAUUGCUCGUUAAUUAAUAUAUGUAUGUAUACG